AUGGAAGGCGUAGGAAAUGCCACAACGCUGCUGGAGAUCGAGCCCGAGACGAAGCACUUAGUAUCGCGGAUCCUGCCGAUUGUUAUACCUGUCUUCAUCGCCAUCCUUCUCGUGUCUUCCCGAAGAUCAUCCUAUGACGCCGCUCGGGUUGGAAAAUCAAGAUGGUGGUCGCUCAUCCCAGGUCAGUUCCACAAAGCGCUGGGAAAGCCGUUCAUCAGCAAAGUCUUUGGAUGGGACUACCUACUAAUGCCCCCUCGGUACCUCGAUGAUGUUCGCAAGGCAGAUGAGGACGAUCUCAGCUUUGCGCAAUGCUUCAGUGAGGCGUUCAACGUCCACGUUUCUGCCGGCGACGUGUAUGCGUCGAAAAUGAUGCCUGAUGCUGUCAAGCAGUACCUCAAUCCUCAAUUGCCAUCGCUGGUGGAAACUAUGAAGACUGAGACUGAUCACAUCCUUGCGGCCGAGCUUAAUGUCGGAGACGAAUGGAAAACAGUCCAGGUUUUCUCCACGUUUACGGAAAUGGCGCACCGCAUUACUUGUCGUAUAUUACUUGGCGAAGACCUUGCGCGCGACAAAGUCUUCAUUGAGGAAUCGCAACUUUUCAACCGGUCUCUUUUCAUCAGCGCCAUUCUGGUCAACGGUAUCGCACUCGGUCCAUUCAGAAAUCUGGUAGCAUGGCUCACUGCGAUCAAACAUCGAACGCACUUGUCGCGCUGCAUCAAGUAUCUGAUUCUCCAAAUCGAAAAGGUGCGGGCCCAGUCUAAAGACUACAACAACGCGGUAAAGUGGAUGCUGGAGCUUGCAGAGGGAGACGAAGUGGAAAGAAAUCCAGACCGGAUGGCGAAGCAAUUGAUGCACCUCAUGUUCGCUGGAAGCAGCGCUCCUGGAGGGCUCGUGGUGCAGAUGGUUUACCAAAUCUUGAUGAGUCCGGAAUACCUUGAGCCAUUGAGAGCGGAGAUUUCUCGCACACUAGAAGAGACUGGCGGAUUUACGGCCAGCUUCGUAUCCCGGACGCCGCUCAUGGAAAGUUUUGUGCGCGAAACGAUGCGUCUAUAUCCCACUGGCGUUGUGUCCGUAACGCGAGCUGUUAGGAACAAGCCCUUCAGCUUCUCUGACGGCUACACGCUUCCCGCAGGAUCUCAUUUUGCCUUCCCCAUCCAAGCCAUUCAACGCGACCCCGAGAAUUACCAAGAUCCGCUCACCUUCCGCGGAUUCAGGUUUGCAACUCAGACGGAUGAAAAAGAAGUCAAUGCAUCCACCGUCGACAAAACCUUUCUUACCGACACGGCGGAUCUAAUCGGCCAAGUCGACUUUCCGAAAUUGGAACGAAGCGGCCUAGGGGCCCAAUUCUGGAGCGCCUAUGUCGAAUGUCCACGUGACGGGGGCGAUGUCAACGACCAGGGAACAUACUACGAGUCGAUGCACCAAACGCUGCAGCAGAUGGACCUCAUCAACCGACUCAUUGAUGCCUACCCAGAACGAUUGCAGCGCGCAUCAUCAGCCGCGGAGGUAUGGUCGCAAUUCGCAAAGUCGAAAGCAUCCAAUGCAGGACGCGACGUGGUACUCGAGAUGAACAGGCUGGGCCUCAUGGUCGAUCUGUCGCACACCUCAGUGGCCACGCAACGCGAUGCGUUCAACGCGUCGCGCGCACCUGUCGUCUACACUCAUUCCUCAGCCCGCGCACUCUGCGAUCAUCCGCGCAAUGUAGCUGAUGAGGAAUUGUGGGCGCUCAAGGCAAAACGCGGGAUUAUCAUGGUCAACUUCUUCCCCGGUUUCGUCACGUGCAGUGUCCAAGCUGCGCUCAAAGACGUCGCCGACCACAUCAUCUACCUAGGCGAGUUGAUCGGUUUCGAGCACGUCGGUAUCGGCGCGGAUUUCGACGGCAUGGGCUUCGAUAGUGGCCCAGCUGGACUUGAAGAUGUUGGCACAUAUCCAGCAUUGAUCGAGGAGCUGUUGCGCAGAGGCGUGUCGGUUGCCGACGUGUGUGGGGUGGCGGGGGCCAAUAUCCUGCGCGUAUUAGCCGAGGUUGAACAGGUGGCGCGGGACCUAAAUAAUCAGCAGCCCUUGGAGGAUCGUGUAAAAUCUAUCUUUUGA